AUGAACGACUUUGACGAGUGCGGCCCCAGCGCAGCCAGCAUGUACCUGCCGGGCUGCGCUUACUACGUGGCCCCGUCGGACUUCGCCAGCAAGCCGUCGUUCCUCUCGCAGCCGUCCUCGUGCCAGAUGACUUUCCCCUACUCGUCCAACCUGGCGCCGCACGUCCAGCCCGUGCGGGAGGUGGCGUUUCGCGACUACGGCCUGGAGCGCGCCAAGUGGCCGUACCGCGGCGGCGGCGGCGGCGGCGCGGGGGGCGGCGGCGGCGGCGGCCCCGGCGGGGGCGGUGGCGGCUCCAGGGGCUACGCUCCCUACUACGCCGCGGCGGCGGCGGCAGCGGCGGCGGCAGCGGCGGCCGAGGAGGCGGCCAUGCAGCGAGAUCUGCUCCCGCCCGCGGGACGCCGGCCAGACGUGCUCUUCAAGGCUCCUGAGCCGGUGUGCGGCGCUCCCGGGCCGCCGCACGGUCCCGCGGCCGCCGCCUCUAACUUCUACAGCGCCGUGGGUCGCAACGGCAUCCUACCCCAGGGCUUUGAUCAGUUCUACGAGGCGGCUCCGGGUCCCCCAUUCGCCGGUCCGCAGCCCCAGCCCGCUCCCGCGCCGCCACAGCCCGAGGGCGCCGCUGACAAGGGCGACCCCAAGGCUGGGGCUGGUGGCGGCGGGGGCAGUCCCUGCUCCAAGGCGACUCCGGGCCCGGAGCCCAAGGGGGCGGCGGAAGGCGGCGGUGGCGAAGGCGAGGGCCCCCCGGGGGAGGCGGGGGCCGAAAAGAGCGGCGGCACAGUGGCCCCCCAGAGGUCCCGGAAAAAGCGCUGUCCCUACACCAAGUACCAGAUCCGCGAACUGGAACGCGAGUUUUUCUUUAAUGUAUACAUAAACAAAGAGAAAAGACUCCAACUCUCCCGGAUGCUCAACCUCACUGACCGGCAAGUCAAAAUCUGGUUCCAGAAUCGCAGAAUGAAAGAAAAGAAACUGAACAGGGACCGUCUGCAGUAUUUCACUGGAAACCCCUUAUUUUGA